UCCCCUCUAAAUAUUUCCUAACAUUUAAUUUACCUUUUAACAGCUGCUGAGCACUGAGCAGAUGUUUUCGGUGAAGUGCCCACAAUGACUCCCAGAUCCGUUUUCUAUGUUUUGUGUGUAGUAACAGCUAACUUAGAGCCCAUCGUAGGGUAGGCAUAGUUAGGAUUAUUUUUGCCCAUCUACAACACUUUACACUUUGAAUUUUAUCUGCCAUUUAUUUGCCCAUUCUUGAAUGUAAUUUGUUCUAGAAUAUAAUUGAACUGAAUGUAUCUGGGGUUUGCAUAUUAAACAAAAAUUUGGACACAAAUGUUUCUUCUUGCCUGUUUCAGCUGAUUCAACAGGAGAGCCCCUUCCAAACUUAAUAUGCAUUUUUUAUUAUUUGUAUUACAGAAGUGCUGAAAUCACUCAUGAUCAGGGAUUCUUCUGUACUAUUUUCAGUCAUUUAAUUGCCAAAUAUUUUUAGUUUGAUAUUUUGCAAUAGGUAAAAUGAUUAUUAAUACUUGGAAUUAUUUCACUUGUACAGUUGUUGUCCUUCCUUUGCAUUUUGGUGGCCUUGCAAUACUACAAUUGAUUUAUUUUUUGCUUUCUUGUCUUAUUUAGGAAAUAUGUUUGAGAUUUCUGAAUUAGAGCAAAGACUGUAAAUGGCCUCCCAUAAUUUCACCUGCAGUUUAAUAAAUAUAUGCAUAAAAUCCCUCUCAUAUUUUGACACACUAAAACCUUACAGGAUAGCACUAAAUGAAAAGUGCUGAGCCUAAACCCAAAGGCCUUUUUAUUGAGUGAUAUUUUCAGAUAGCAGCUCUAUCACAACACAUGUUCACUCCACACUCUGACUCAUCCCUUUCACAAACUUUUUUUUAUAUCCAAUGGUAAACUCCAUUGUAAUGGGAUUAGUCAACCACAUGACCAUCUUCACAAUCACAAUAAUCACCCCUGUAGCUUUCUAUUCACAAUGAAUCAGGAUGCAGACAUGUGCAAUGAAGGUCAGGCUCAGCACAAUCUUUGCCUAAUCAUUCUCCAGACCGGCCUCCAAGUAGCUGACCGCAGUGUGAGGAAACAGACCGACCGUUAUUAAUGAUCUGACUUCAUAUGCUGUUAAAAUGCAGAAAGUAACCAGCUUCCGUUUAAAUACCUUUUGGGUUGACCAUUUUUACUGUGGGGUCUUGGUUUUAGCACUGUUUUUUUUAAAACUUAUUUUCGAAACUCAUUUGGAUAUCUGAACAGUCUCAGUGGAGGCAAACAGACAACAAAGAAAGCAAACAGAACACUCCAGGCCUGAAAGUUUCCUGAACUUUUGAACUAAAGACUUGUGGAAUAUUAAUUCUGAACCUCACGGCAAUGGAUUUCUGAAAGUUUAUAGGGUUUACAUGAUUUAUUAAUAGAAAGAUCUUCAUUAGUGUUCCAGCAUCCGCAUUUCAUUGCUGGGAAUAAUACAUGAGGGCAAAAUGGAAUUUUUAACCUUUCCUUCAGAGAAGCACUGCUUUACUGAAUUACUUGAUUCCAGUAAUGGAGAAGAAGAAAAAAUGUUAGCAUGUGAAGAAGAUUUAGAGAUUAAUCCUUUUGACGGUUUGCCAUAUUCUUCCCAUUAUUAUGAACUUCUGAAAGAAAGAGAAGAACUUCCAAUAUGGAAAGUAAAAUAUGCUUUCAUGGAAAUUCUGCUUCAUAAUCAAAUUGUGAUUGUAUCAGGAGAUGCUAAAAGUGGCAAGAGCUCCCAGAUUCCUCAGUGGUGUGCUGAGUAUUGCCUUUCUGUCCGGUGUCAAUAUGGAGGGGUAGUCUGCACACAGGUGCACAAGCAGACAGCAGUCUGGUUGGCACUACAUGUAGCUGAUGAGAUGGAUGUCAACCUUGGCCAUGAAGUGGGUUAUGUCAUCCCAUUUGAAAGCUGCUGCACCACUGAAACAAUCCUGAGAUACUGUACAGAUGACAUGUUACAAAGAGAAAUGAUGUCCAUUCCUCUUUUGAGCAGCUAUGGAGUCGUCAUAUUAGAUGAUGUUCAUGAAAGAACAGUUCCAACAGAUGUAUUAAUUGGACUUCUUAAAGGUGUUUUGCUAUCAAGACCAGAGCUGAAGCUGGUAAUCAUUACAGCCCCUCAUAUGUCCAGCAAACUUCAAGACUAUUACAGUAGUGCCCCCCUCAUAAGGGUGGAAAACAAACAUCACGUAGAUGUUGUAUACACUUGUACCAUUCAAAAAGACCAUUUUCUCUCUGCUUUAAGACUGCUCUUUGAGAUACAUCAUACCAAAGAAAGGGGUGAUAUUGUGGUCUUUCUGGCAUGUGAACAAGAAAUUGAAAAAGCCUACCAAAUCAUCAGGCAAGAGGGGUCUAAUUUAAAUCCUGAUCUUGGAGAAUUGGUCCCAGUUACUUUAUAUCCCAGACAAAAAGAAGUAAUUUUCAAAGAAAAUGAAGAUGAAGAAAAAUGUUGCAAAAAUUACAAAAGAAAAGUGCUACUAACCACAAGUUUUGGAGAAUCUUUGGUUUGGAUCAAGACUGCAACUUUUGUCAUCGAUGUUGGUGUGGAGAGAAGAAAGGUUCAUAAUCCUAGAAUCAGAGCAGACUCUAUAAUAAUGCAACCCAUCAGUAAAAGCCAAGCAGAGAUGCGCAAGCAAAUUCUGGGCACAUCUUCAUCAGGAAAGUUAUUCUGCUUGUACCCUGAAGAAUUUACAUACAAGGAAAUGAAACCACACCCGCAAGCCAAAAUACAGGAAUCCAAUCUCACUAGCAUGGUUCUUUUUCUGAAGAGGAUGGCUAUAGCAGGCUUGAGCCAUUGUGACUUCAUAAAUAGGCCAGCUCCUGAAAGCCUGAUGCAAGCUUUGGAAGAUCUAGAUUAUUUGGCAGCCCUAGAUAACUAUGGAAACCUUUCUGAAAUUGGAAUAAUUAUGUCAGAAUUUCCUCUGGACCCACAGCUGUCAAAGUCGAUUUUAGCUUCCUAUGAAUUCAACUGUGUAGACGAAAUGCUCACUAUUGCUGCCAUGGUAACAGCUACUAAUUGCUUUUCACGCCCUCCACCUGGAACUGAAGAAAUCGCUCUUACCUGCUGGCGAAAAUUCUCACACCUUGCAGGGGACCACUUUACUCUUAUCAAUGUCUUCAAGGCCUACAAAGAAACCAUUGCAAAUUCCACGAGCCAGUACUAUGAUGUUGAGAAGUGGUGUCGUGAUUAUUUCCUGAACUGUUCAGCACUGAGGAUGGCAGAAGUUAUCAGAGCUGAAUUAGCAGACAUUAUAAAGUGCAUAGAACUUCCCAUUUCAAAACCUGACUUUGGAUCAAAAGAAAAUAUAUUAAACGUAAAGAAAGCUCUUUUAUCUGGAUACUUUAUGCAAACUGCUCGUGAUGUAGAUGGCUCGGGAAACUACUUAAUGUUAACACACAGGCAAAUAGCUCAGCUUCAUCCCUUCUCAGCAUAUUACAACACCAGGCGGAUUCCUGAGUGGGUUCUAUUCCAUGAAUUUUGUAUAUCAGAAAACAAUUGUAUAAGAAUCGUCUCCGAGAUAUCACCUGAUCUAUUUGUGGAGCUGGCACCUCAAUAUUAUUUUAGCAAUCUGCCUCCUAGUGAAAGUAAGGAUAUUCUGCAGGAAGUCAUAAAUCAUUUAUCACCUGUUUCAAGAAUAAAGGAGGAACAGAAAACAAAUGGCGAAGACAAAGAAUAUGAAAAAUAUCCACAAACUCCUGCUGAACAAAGGUGCAUUAUUCAAUGACUUUGAUAUCCAACUACAUUCAAGCAAGCAGUAUGUGCAAUGUAUGCUUGACAGUUAAUCUAUGUAAUGGUUUCUCAACUUGAAAUGUACAAGUAUUUAACAGGAUAGAGAAAAAUUUAUACUGAAAAAAUCCUAACACUUAUAGUUUUGUAUGCUGUUUGAUAAUAUGUAAUAAACACUCACUGGAUUUGGUUAAUAACAUUGAGCAAUUCUUUUAAGAAGUUUACAAAUGUAGGGCUUUUUUAUUGCAUGCUUCAUCAUGACAAAGUCCAUUAGGACAUGGAAUUUUAAAAUAUCAAAUUAAAA